GUAUGCUGCGAGGCUUAGCAGAGUUAGCACCGUUUGAAAGCCCUCUCAGACUGCAUUACUGCAUGCGUUUAGUUGUGUUACACACACGCAAGGCAGUCACAUUGCCUGGAGAGACACGUGGGGCACUCUUUCUUCUCCUUUGGAUCCCGGCCCCCUGGACGAAUUUGGAGAUGAUGGCUGAAAAAAGGAGCGAGCGAGGAUUCAAAGAUGAGCCAGACGACAGAGGAAUGAGUUUAUUUUGAGAAAUGAGGCGGAGAGUGGCGCGAACAUAGAAGCUCCAGUCUGAGACGAGGCGUCAGAGGGCAGGAUGGGAAAUUCAGAGAGCCAGUACAGCAUUCAGGGUCCCAAAGGCACGAGCUUUAUCUUCCCCGGGAAACAGAAGCCAUAUUCAUUAAAGCUAGGCUCAGCCAAAGGUGAUGCUCUGUCUCCUCAUUCGUGGUGGAAAAAUGCUCCAGUAGGCUCAGGGUACAAGGCCAGGUGCGUUGGCCGUGGCUGUCUGUCGCCUCCUAAAAGCCGACAGCCUUACUCUGCCCGGCUCUGUGACUACGUCUCCAAAGGAGUGAGGGGAAGCCCGGCUCAGCACCGCUGGCAUCGGUCCCCUGGAUGUGGCAUAAGGAAGCGGCAUAUGUCAGAUGAUGACAAUCCAUACGGGGUCGAACUCAACGGGCACGCCCUGAACGGAGAUGAUGACGAGCACGAGGUUUUAGGGGAACAAAGCAGCCCGCGGGUGGUGAUCAAAAAGGACGGCACGCUCAGGGUGGAGUUCACCAACACCUCGGGGAAUCCUCUCCACCUGGAUGAGGCCACUGGCCCAGUCCAACUCCUCAAGUUCUCCCCCAAUGUGGAGUCGGCAUCGACUCCCAGUCUGCCUGGGUCCAGUGGCAGCAGGCAGGAUGGUCAUCACAGCGCUCCGCCUCCAGCCUCUACUUCCUCCACAGCCAGAACCAGCAAAGGCAGCUCACUGAGCUCUGACGGCUCCUGGUAUGACUCCCCCUGGGGGCCGAGCACAGAGCUCUGUGAGCAGGACCAGCCUUGCUCUGCCAGCAGAACGUUAGCACACUCCCCCAUUCACCAAAUUGUCUCCUUUGCAGAACAGUCCCCCCCUUUGUCCAUCACAGAUCUGUACAAAGACCCCACAAUGGCUGCUACUUUCCCCACAGCCAGGGACUUGUCCUCCCAGUUACACGAGCCUCCACCGGGCCAGAGGCCACACCGAGCGUCCUUUGCGUCCGUCCUGGACGUUCCUUUGGAAGAAGAAUGCCCAGAGCCCCGCCAGUACUCUUCGUACACCCUGCCCUGUCGCAGGCCCAAAUCGCACACCGUCAGCGAGAACCUGGACCAGUACCGUGACCAGGGGCAACGGCAGGAACAGGCGGGACCGGAUUUCAUCUUCCAGAAGAAAGACUCCAUCAAAAACCGCAUCAGACGCUUCAGUGACUGGACGGGCAGCCUCAGCCGCAAGAAGAGGAAGUCUCAGUCUCAGGAACCCCGGUAUAAGGACCUGAGUGAUACCUUUGACAGUGGGGUGGAUGGUCUGACUGCAGACACCAGCUCCCCCUCCCAGGUCUCCAGCCUCCUCUGGUUUCCUGGAGCCUCCAGGGCCCAAUCUUCAGGGGCCAUUCACCAAACGACCAACGAUGCCCUUCGCCAGAACAUCUACGAAAACUUCAUGAGGGAGCUGGAGACGGGUACCGGGCAGGGAGGAGGUGAGAGAAGAGUGCCGUCCACCGGCACAGAGGAAGACGAGAGCAGCAGCGAAUCUGCCGAAGGCUCGCUCGAGCAGCUCGACCUGCUGUUUGAAAAAGAGCAGGGGGUGGUUAGGCGGGCCGGCUGGCUUUCCUUCAAACCGCUCGUUACCCUGCACAAGGACAGGAAGCUGGAGCUGGUGACGCGGCGCAAGUGGAAGCAGUACUGGGUGACCUUGAAAGGGUGCACAUUGCUGUUCUAUGAAACUUACAGUAAAGGCUCUCCGGAGCAGGAGCUGUCGCCCCGCUACGCCCUCCUGGCCGAGGACAGCAUCGUCCAGGCUGUUCCUGAGCAUCCCAAGAAGGAGAACGUGUUCUGCCUCAGCAACUCGUAUGGAGACGUCUACCUCUUCCAGGCCAGCAACCAGACCGACCUGGAAAACUGGGUGACAGCUAUCCACUCCGCAAGUGCCUCGCUGCUGGCCAAGCGCCAGGGGAAGGAGGAUACGGUGCGCCUGCUGCGGAGCCAGGUCCGCGGUCUGCUGCAGAAGAUCGACAUGGACGGGAAGAUGAAGAAGAUGGCCGAGCUGCAGCUGACCGUAGUCAGCGAUCCAAAGAACCGCAAAGCUAUCGAAAACCAGAUCCAGCAGUGGGAGCAGAACCUGGAGAGAUUCAACCUGGAUCUCUUCAGGAUGCGCUGCUACCUCGCAAGUCUGCAGGGCGGAGAGCUGCCCAACCCGAAGAGCCUGCUCGCCAUCGCCAGCCGCCCCACCAAAACCACCCUGGGACGCCUGGGGAUUUUCUCCGUCUCCUCCUUUCAUGCACUGAUCUGUUCCAGAGACGAAGCCACAGUCAGGAGGCGCUCCCUGUCCCUGACUCACAGACAGCGCAAAAGAGGCCUGUUCUCCUCCCUGAAAGGCCUCGACAACCUCACGAGGAGAGGCCGUGACAAGAGACCUUCUGUCUCACAGGUCUUUGAAAGCGAUGCUGGAGGCCAAUCGUGCGCCCUGCCUCCCAGGAGCACCGAGAGGCUGGACGUGCUGACGAGUAUAUACUCCAUGUCGCCCCCCGAGGGCGGUCUUUGGGACAGCGUCAGCAGUGCCACAGAUGCGCUGAUGUGUGUCUACAUGCCAGACGGCCUGACGGUCCAAGUUCCCGUCAGAAGAGACCAGGCAGCUGCUGACCUUCUCUGUGCAGCGUGCAAGGUGAAACAGCUGGACCCGGGCGCGCACUGCCUCCGACUGCACAGGCGAGCGGGGCAGCACGUGGAGGUUCGAUACGUGGCUCCCGGAGAGCUCCUCCGUGAUGUGGUCAAUGAUCAGUUGGAGGUGGUCCCGGCUAAUGUGUUUACGCUGCACAUGAGCAGGCAGAGCAGCAGCGGAGACUUCGGUUUUGCAGUAACAGGAUACACAGACAGCCAGAAGAACAGCAGGGUUUUUGUCAGUGAAGUGCUUCCUGAUGGCCUGGCCUUCAAUGAAGGUCUGCGUCCUGGCGAUGAGAUCCUGGUCCUGAAUGGUCGGUGCGUCCCCGGUCUGGACCUGGCGUUGAUCCAAACGCUGUUUGCUGAACAAACUGUGCACCUGAGCCUGAGGCGGGAGGGCCCCGUGCUGCCACCUGUGACCUCUGACCAUCUGGCCCCUCCCACUAAACACAGCCAGGAAGUUCGAAGUAAACACCACCGAGCCAAGUCGUCCUCAGAUGUUUGUACUGCAGCUGGCGGUGGCGAAUCUCUGUACGUAGGACUGGAGGAUGGUCGCUCCCACUGCGCGCACAGGCCUGUUCAGCACAGCAAGAGCGUGGACACAGUGUGCACUCUCUACCACUCCUUCCAGGAAGGGUCAGGCUCGGGCAGCGGGGGUCUGAUGGAUCACGGCAGGGAACCCUCGGUGAGGCAGGGAGGGGAUUUGGGCUCGAGCCCUACGGGAGACGCCACCCUGCUCAGACCCUGCCCCAAGCAUAUGACGGCCACAGAGAGGUUACGCAAGGUCAUCCAGGAGCUGGUGGACACGGAGAAGUCCUACGUGAAGGACCUGACCUGUUUGUUUGAGAUCUACUUGAAACCUCUACAGAACGAAACCUUCCUCACACUGGAUGAGAUGGAGAGCCUGUUUGGCAGCCUGCCUGAGAUGCUGGACUUCCAGAGGGUCUUCCUGCAGACCUUGGAGGAGAGAAUUGCCUCAUCACCUGACUUUAGCACGCUGGAGACCCCCUCGCAGUUCAAGAAGCUGCUGUUUUCCCUCGGGGGUUCAUUCCUCUACUACGCCGAUCACUUCAAGCUCUACAGCGGCUUCUGUGCCAACCACAUUAAGGUCCAGAAGGUCCUAGAGAGAGCCAAGACGGAUCAGACCUUCAAAGAAUUCCUCGAUGCCAGGAACCCCACCAAGCAGCACUCUUCCACCCUGGAGUCCUACCUGAUUAAACCAGUGCAGAGGGUGCUCAAGUACCCCUUGCUGCUGAGGGAGCUGGUCUCCCUUACCGACGGCGACAGCGAGGAACACUACCACCUCACCGAGGCCCUGAAAGCCAUGGAGAAGGUGGCCAGCCACAUCAACGAGAUGCAGAAGAUCUACGAGGAUUACGGCUCCGUGUUCGAUCAGCUUGUUGCCGAGCAGACUGGCCACGAUAAAGAGGUCACAGAGAUCUCUAUGGGAGAGUUUCUCAUGCAUUCCUCUGUGGUCUGGCUCAACCCUCAUCCGUCGCUGGGACGCAUGAGAAAAGACCCCGAAAUGACCGUGUUCGUGUUCAAGAAAGCAGUGAUACUGGUCUACAGGGAAAACAACAAGCUGAAGAAAAAAAUGGCCAACCCUCGUUCGGCGCUCUCUCACGGAGAUUCGGACCCCUUCAAGUUCCGCUGGCUCAUCCCGCUCUCGGCGCUGCAGGUCAGAUUGGGAAAUACUGCAGGAACAGGUACGCAGAGCAGCUGUAUCUGGGAGCUGAUUCACUCCAGGUCUGAAGUGGAGGGGAGACCAGAGACCGUCUUCCAGCUGUGCAGCAGUGUGCCUGAGAGCAAGGUCAGCAUCAUCAAGGUGAUCCGCUCCAUCCUCAGGGAGAACGUGAGGAGGAACAUGAAGGGCGAGGGCACGCUGGAGAGGAGCUGUAAGGAGCACCUGGCUCCUCUGCGGAGCACCCUGCCUUCCUCCGCCAGGCUAGGUUCCUCCAGAGCUUCCUGGUUGUGCAAGCAGCCGCCUGCAGAGCUCUCCACCCAGGGCGAGGCGCCGAAGCUCGGGCCAGACUCUGACGAGGGAAGCCUGAGCAGUGGAACCUACAGUUUGUCCGGGGCUCCUGCAGCACGCGUGUCCUCUGACUCGCCCAUCUUUCCAGUCCAGCAGAACUGGUCUCAGACACACGGCUCCAACUCUAAACCCCGCUCCACCUCUGUGAAAGAGUCUGACAUUUUGAGCGACGAGGACGACGACGGCUUUAGCGAGGGGGGGACGAGGAGGGACAGUGGAGACAGCAGCUCCCCAACUAGUGCAAUUGAAGCUCAGUUUCUCCAACUUAAACUGUCGGAGGACUCUGCGUCAGAAGGUGCACCGGCCCCCUGCGUUCAGCCCGAGGGUGUUGGCGACACCCCGGAGAUCCAACCCAAACUAGUGCGAGGCCACUUCACCGCCGUUAAGAGGAAACCGUGCAGUUUCAGGAGGAGCCCGGGAGCCCUGUUGAAGAUGAAGGAGCAGAGCAGGUCACUGGACAGCCAGACGGAUGCAGCGCUGCCGUGUGGAGCCGUGGACCUCAACACGUUGCUGGAGAGAGAGUUCAGCGUCCAGAGUCUGACCUCGGUAGUGAACGAAGACUGUUUCUAUGACCCAGCUGAGAGCGGUGCCACCGGCGCCUCCUCUCAGGUGUCAGCAUAGACGGGGCAGACGCAUACAGUACCUGGGUCAAACGUUAGUGGCCACCGAGGCGAGAGGAUGAGUGCGAAGCUGUGCAUGAACUUAAAUACUGUACAGAUUUAAGUCUCACACUCGCCCGCACAAGGUUAGAUGCAAACGAUGUGUUCUGAUGGCAGCUCGUCGGCUGGGACAGCGGCUUUCUUCCCCUAGAGAGGCAAAGCGCAGUGAUUUCUGUCCCAGUGAUAAUGACUGCAAUGAAUCUGCCAAGCACUGAUGUGUCUCUGCAUCGUCCUCAGCUCUCUGGGCUCUGCCUCCUCCCCACAAACCAUCAGUGCGACGCGUUCCAUUCAAGUUUGCCCCGCAGCUGCUGCUGAUUGGCAGUUUUUAUUCGGUUCUUGACCUUUUUCACAAAGAAAUGGGAAGAAUGUCCUCGUCUGUCACUCCCAAACGUUGAGAGGCGGUGAAAUCCACAGGACACUGAGAUGAGUUUCUCAGGCAGACACUGGUGAUUCGGCAAAGCUUGCCAGGCAACAGGCUUUUGUAUCGAUUCUGUGAAACCAAAAGAAUACGAUUAAUACGAAUUUCACUUUAGUACAAAUAUGAAAGGAGGCACUGAAGAAGAAAAAGGUGAUCACAGACGCACCCAAAGAGCUGCAAUGGUCAAGUGAGACUUCCUGAGAACAGGAGGCAUCGGCUCAGGAAGGAGGCCGACUACAACUACGCCUUUUUUUGCUGUAUUUUGUGCACUAAGAGUACACUGUUUGCCUACAUAUUUGAAAUAUCUGUACAGGUUGUAUUGUUAUUACUGCUGUUUUUAAUUUAUUUCUGGAUUUCAUUAUGUUUAUUUUAACCUCUUUGGGUUAAGGCUUGAACUCCAGGCUACAGAUUUGGUCGACUCUUAAAUGAGAGAGAACAGUUUGAGAGUUAAUCACUUCAUUUUUAAAUGCAGCCUACUGGAUUUGGUUGUGUUUCGCUGAAGAUUGUAAUUUCAUGCAUUGGGAUGUACAUGUUUUUACUCAGAUGACUGAUUUAAACUGCAAUAAUGUUUAAAACCCAAUGAUUUUAAUGUUUGUAUGUAUCCUGUAUAUAUAAUCUUUUCUAUCUUUGAUAUGUUUAUGUAUACUCAUACAUACUUGACACUGUACAGAAACAGGAUCUUGCAGUAACACAGUUGAUAUUUUUGUAAAGAGCGUUUGCCAUUACAUUAAGUACAUGUUUGUACUAGAAAAAAGGCAAACCACUCCAUGCUUUACCCUCUCAGCUGAACUUUACCAUGCCUUUAAUGCUAGCAUACCAAUGAAUGUGAAUGCUCCAUUCUGAUGGAACUGUUUUAUAAAUAAAAGUAUAUCUGUGAAAACCAUC